AAAAAAAAAAAAAAAAAAGCCUUGUCAUGGGCCUGACAGAAGCUCUCAGGGCCAAAUAAGUCAGGGUUCAUUCAAGCCUGAAGAAGACACGGACGCAUCGGCAGCUUCAGAUGCGUGUUUGACACUGUGCCGCCUGCAGGCUCCAGCAGCGCGGUCACGGCUGCGUGUUUCUCGCUUCCUGCUUCGUCGCUGAAGGAAAUCCACCAGGACGGAGCAAUCAGCUGUCUACACUGAAACCUACUGGAUCCAGACCAGAGGAAAGUCUUCAGUCCGUAUAUGACCCCGUUUGUUUUUUUGGGGGGGGGAGGAAGGAGAUAGAUUCUGUUCGGACUGGUGACUUUCUCCAGUCACGAAACCUCUGCAUCAGACCAUGGACGGCGGGACGGUUUGGAGAUAAACACACUGACUGACUGGUGAUAAGUCAUGGGACCCCAGUGCACUUGGCUCCCAAGGGUGCAGUGCCAAGAAAGUGAAGCUGCUUGUCCAGACCAGGACAGAGAAAAGCACUGGGCUGAGCUGUUUAAUCAGCUUGACCUCAACAAAGAUGGACACAUUGACAUCCUCGAACUGCGAGCAGGACUGGCAGGCCGAGGGCUCUCCAGAGGCUCCUUGGAAAGAAUGGUGAAGGCCGGGGACACCAAUCAAGAUGGAGUCCUGGACUUUGAUGAGUUUGUCCAGUAUCUCCGUAACCAUGAAAAACAGCUUAAACUCAUGUUUCACCGCCUGGACAGGAACAAUGAUGGUGAAAUAGAUGCGACAGAGAUUCAGGACUGUUUGCACUCCAUUGGCGUAAACAUUAGCCUGGAAGAUGCUAACAGGAUUUUACUCAGUAUGGACAAGGACGGUACCAUGACAAUUGACUGGACAGAGUGGCGCGAUUAUUUCCUGUUUAACCCUCUCACUAACAUGGAGGACGUGGCACGCUUCUGGAAGCGUUCAAUGAUGUUGGAUAUAGGCGAGCAGCUGACAGUCCCAGAUGAAUUUUCAGAAGAGGAGAAGAAAUCUGGCUACGUGUGGAGGCAGCUGAUGGCUGGAGCCAUGGCUGGGUCAGUGUCACGGACUGGAACUGCCCCCUUAGACCGCCUCAAAGUCUUCAGACAGGUGCACGGCUCCUCUGACUUUAAAGGGAACGUACUGAGUGGUUUUCAGUACAUGCUGAAAGAGGGGGGACCAUGGUCACUGUGGAGAGGCAAUGGGAUGAAUGUUCUGAAAAUCGCCCCAGAGACUGCCAUCAAGUUUUCUGCUUAUGAACAGAUUAAGACUAAGAUACGUGGCAGUAAUGAAACAAGAGCUCUGAGGGUUCAUGAAAGGUUUGUUGCUGGUUCCUUGGCUGGGGCAACAGCUCAGACUGCCAUCUAUCCAAUGGAGGUGUUGAAGACCCGUCUGACACUAAGAAAAACCGGUCAAUACUUAGGAAUAGCCGACUGUGCCAAGCAGAUCCUACAGCGGGAAGGUGUCACAGCCUUCUACAAGGGCUACAUACCUAACUUGCUGAGCAUUGUCCCUUACGCUGGCAUUGACCUGGCUGUCUAUGAGACCCUGAAGUUUACAUGGCUGAACAGGAACAGAGGCUUAGCCGACCCAGGUGUGAUGGUGCUGGUCGGCUGUGGUGCUGUUUCCAGCACCUGUGGGCAGCUAGCAAGCUACCCACUGGCACUGAUCCGCACCCGAAUGCAAGCACAAGCUUCGGUGAAAGGAGCCCCUAAACUCUCUAUGCUGUCCUUGCUGCACAACAUUGUGACUCAGGAGGGCGUUGCUGGACUUUAUAGAGGGAUUUCUCCGAACCUGCUGAAAGUCAUCCCUGCUGUGAGCGUGUCCUAUGUCGUCUACGAAUACACGAGGAUAAUGAUGGGAGUGGACAUUGAGGGUAGGAGGGAAAGGAAGGAUAAUGGGUAGUAAAAGGAGAGGCAUUUUGAUGUGGAUUUUUUCUGCAAGCACGGGCAGAUCUGUUGUCAGUGCAUGAGAAAAUAAGCUCUGGCUGGGGAGGAUCCUGAGACUGCAAGUUUGAAGUUUUGAGGAUGAAGAUGGCAGAAUGAGAAAAACAUAACAGAAAUGUUGUAAAGUAUAACACAUAAUCUGCCUCCACCUGAACUGACAGCGAAUGAAAGGAGUUCAAUGCAUGUCAGCAGUUGUGCAACCACUAAAAAAUGAGCGUCUUGUUGCUGCAGUGAUUUAAACAGAUCAAGACUUGCAUGAACUUGCCAGAUAACAAGUAAAACCCAAAAGCCAACUUACAUCCCUUCAGCAUUAUUUUUUCUACCAGGUGGUAUCUAGAGAAGACGGAGGGCUAAGAGGAACCUGAAGAUGCUACACAGCAGCGAAGUUACAAACUCAGGACUUUUAUUGACAUGUUUUAAACAGUUGUCACAAAGCACAGCAGCAGCCAAACAGAAAUCAGCAGUUACUGAAAUCAUCACCUGGGGUAAAUGGAGGAAGGUGAAAACAGGUAACACACUGAACUGCCUCCUUACUGGAAGUAUUAAUACUCACUAUAACAUACCCAAAGAUUUCACGUUUUACUAAAGGAAACCUGCCGAAGCCAUAUCAAGAAGCACAUAGGAUUCAGCUACGUACUGUUCUGACGCAGAAAAAAGUAUAUGUUGUCUUCCCUUUGAAGAACAUUAUAAGGUCUGGUGCCGCACAGCAUUUUCAUUGUAGUAGAGAGUUGAUUUUGUCAUGAUGAAAAACAUAAAUUGUAAUCAAAGUGCAAAUAAAUGCAUACAAGUGCUGCUUUUCUUAGAUAACGUUUUAAUAAUAGAUUCAUUUGCAAAUGUUGAGAAAAUACAGAUUACUGUAAAACAUGCUAACCAAAUGAAAUCACCAAUAAAACCAUUCCUCCCCCAAAACAUAUUUGUCACUUGAUGUCUCAGUUCUGUUGUCUUCAGUUGGACACUGUAAACAAGUGUCUUAAUUCUAUGAAGGCAUGUUUGUUUUUUUGUAACAAAU